AUGGCUUUCAUAAACACAAGCCCCGGCGGGGUGGUACGCGUCGCUUUCGCGGCGAAGAAGCGCACGAACAGAAGUACUCUUCGCGAUGAUGCUUCUUUUCUUUCCACGAAAAACGCCACGACGACGACCAAAAAUAUUCGUCGCACUCGUCGCGCGGCGUUCGCGAUGAAUUCGUCGUCGUCAUCCGUCGGGAGAACGACGGACGCACCAAACGUCGUCAUCCUCGCAAACAGGCGAAAGAUUCGCGACACCGCGAAAAACUUUCGCUCUUUCGUCGACGAGUGCAAACAAGAGUUGAUUAAAGUGGAUACGAAAGAGGUACUUUCCGGCGGAAGCGACCAGGUGUUCGGUGGUAAACAUGAAAGUGGGAAAAGAACGAUUGUUUUAUUCCUGACGCAACUGGCGGAUUUUGACUCGUGGGAACAGGCGAAAUUUAUGGUGGACGAUUUACCGCGAUUGGAAGCCGCGAACGUAAACGUGAUCGCGUUUGGUUUAGGUUCAGUUCAAGCCGGGGAACAGUUUUGCGAACGGACGAAGUUUCCCACGGAGAAGUUAAUCGUGACGACAAGUUCUAAGUUAUAUCGGAAGAUGGAGUAUUCGCCCGGGUUCGGCGACGCGCUUCCGGUGAAGCUUCCCGGGAUGGUGAAGUUGUUGGUAAUGUGCGCCGGUAUCGGGUCUCCGGGGACUUUGAAGACGGUGAUAUCGGGGUAUUUUGGAUCGAAGAAUAAACCGCCCGUGUUAGUGGAAGGCUCGAACGCGGACGUACCGGAAGUGAGGAAAUUGAUGGACGCGACUUUAGGCGCCGAGUAUUUGAGACCGUUUGAGAUGGCGACCUUGAGAUUGGCAAACAUGACGGAAAUUUUAAACAACUGGGACGAUUUAGUGUGCGAAGACGAUCAGCUCUUGGUGCAAAGAGGCGGGUCGAUGGUCUUGGACGAAGAAGGAGAGAUUGUCUUUGACCACGUGGAUCCGGGGAUUUUAGGCUACUGCGACCCGAAACGAUUGACGCAAUUCGCGUUGCUGGAGGGCGACCCGAAAGCGCCGUUUGACGCCAUCUCGGUGAUGCACGAAGCGUGCGAAACGAAAAACGUAAACGUCGAAGACGUCUGCGACGCCAUCGCGGCGUGCGAAAAGAGUAAAUUCAACGUCACCGGCGACAUGCUCAACGGCGAAUGGGAACUCGUGUAUACCACCGGGACGAACAAAAACAAAGCCAACGUCAACCGAAACGGCGACGGGACUUACUUCCCAAUCAAAGCCGUCCAAUCGUUCGACAUAAAAAACGAACGCAUACGCAACGGCGUGUACGUAGGCCCAGUCAAAUUCUUUUUCGACGGCCCUUUCAUUUGGAGGCAAAACUUAAAAAUGCUCGAGUUCACCUUCACGAAGUGCUCCGUAGGCGUCUUCUCUUUCGUCAAAGGCUUCGACAUCGACGACGGCAAAUGGGACGCGGUCAAAGCGACCGAGGAGAAAACCACCGAAGGUCAAGGCAAAAUCACAAAAUCCAACGAUAAAUCCAAGCCCGGCGCGAACCCGUUCUUCAAAUUCGUCUACGCGGAUGAAAAGUGCGUCGCCGCUCGAGGAAGAGGCGGUGGUUUGGCCAUGUGGAAAGCCGUCGGCCCGCCCCAAACGGACGCUGAAACUUAA